CGGAGCGCUGGGUGGGGCGGCAACCUGCCCUCGGCCGCUCGCGCGCGCGCUGGGGCGCGGGAACCGCUCCCGCUUCCCAAUGGAGGUAGGAGCAGGUGUCAGAAGGUACGAAACCAGAAAUAAGACGGCAGGAACGGAACUGUCAGCCAAAUCCCGCGUGGACUGGAGACGCACUAAAAGGGAGCUCAUACUGUUUGACAGCGAUGACGAAUCCUCGUUUGCCUCAGAGGAGGAAGAGUCCACUGAAUCCACCGUGUCAGAAGACGGACUGGGUGAAAAAGAUGAAACUGUUCUGAAGAAUGGCUUUGCGGAUCAGGAAGAGAAAAUCCACAGUGGGGAAAUAACAGAUGAUGAAUGCGUUGUGCCUGGGAAGCGUAAGAGGUUGAACAGCUCGGUACUGCACGACAGUGAUGAAAGCGAGGACAGUGAUAUCCUUGUUAGGAAAGUUUUUGCCAAACGCCAUUGUAUAAUUAAUGAAGAUGAGAGUUCCCAAGAACAGCAGCCUGAUAAAACCUGCCCUACAGAAAAUGUUUCUACUAAUAGGAAACAGAAAGUAUUGGCAAAAUUGAAAGGUCUUGCAAGACAAAGAGCAUCUCGGACAUCCUGUAGGAGUGAAAAUUGUGAGGAUACCAAUAGUGAAACAGAAAUAGAAGAGGAACCAUUCUGUUACCUCACACCAACAGAAGAAAGUGAAACUGACAGUGAUAGCAUGAAAGACUUUAUAGUUAAUGAUGAGGAAGAAGAAGGUGGUGAUGACGACACAGAGCAAGUAAAGAGUGAAAAAAAGCAACAAAAAGAACUAAAUACAUCAAAUAGCGAAUUGCUGGCAUACUACAUCCCACAUUUAUCUCGCUGUAGUCCUUAUGUACACUUCCAAAGAAUAGUAAAGGCUUUUCUCAUAAAUGCAAUUGAUGACACUUUCCUGAAGUCAUUGUAUGAUGGAACAAGGCAAAAGAAGUAUGCACAAGAUAUGUUGCUCUCCCUUCAUUAUUUGGAUGACCGUUUCAUUCAGCCUCGUCUUGACAACUUAAUCUCCAGAAGUCGCUGGAAAGAUCGGUACAAGGAGCGUGUUGAUUGUUACCCAAAUGUUCGCAUCAUCUUGAAAAAUCCAACAAAUAAGUUUUGUCAGGCCUGUGGAUUGAAUCGGUAUUGUAAGUUUAAUGUGCUACUAUCUGGAAAGCUUUAUAAUAGCAGAACCUUGGAAGCAGAUGACUUCAUGUCGGAUGACAAACAGGUUUUGAAGGUUGGUGUAGUGUGUGCAGAUCGUACAAGAGUUUACCAUAAUUUGAAGCACUUCAAAUACAAGUUGUAUGUGGAUUGCAGCUCCAUUACCAAGUUGGAUGGUGUUGAGGAUGAAUCAGUUAAAGACACAGUUGAACGGCUUUUCAGUCACCUGGAAGACACUGGGUGGAUUCAGAAGGUAUGACUGAGUUAGAUGAUUCUCUCAAACGGUAUGCCCGCUGCUUUCACGUACGGUUUGUAUCAGCUUCUGACAUUAAGCUUUUUGGCAGCUGCAUGAUCUCUGGGCUGUGCUGGGCAGGCUCCUGUUUCAUUUGAAAGCAGCAACACAACAAACUCAAGCUGUAUGUAACUCAUGAAGACUGGAAACACGUACAUGAGGCACGGCAAGAAUACUUUUCGCUUUACGUUGAGUACUUUGACUUUUUCAGAAACACUUUAUGAACUAUUUUAACACAACUUGGAGUACUGUUGCAUUUAACAAGCUUUCAGAUAUCUUCGCUUCUGAAUUGUUAUUGGCAUGCUUGUUAAUGUAUUGAAGAAAAACACAAAAAGCAUUCUUUGUGUAAUUCAGUUAUUAAAUCUUGAUCAAAUAAUACAAGUUCUGUUUGAUUUGCAGAAAUACAAUGAUCUUGAAAACUACAUGAAUGAUGCAGACAAUUUCCAAGACGAAAAAAUGGAUUAAGUGGUCAUAUAGCUCUUUGAAAGACGUCCUGUAAAGAGCUGAAUGACCUGUUUAUCUGCGUGCACUUUAUCUCUGCCUGGUCUUCAGUAUUCCUUUUAGGCUGUAUUAUGCUUAAAUCCAUGUGUCUGUAAACCACGGUGUAAGAAUAUGCUGUAUCUUCUUUUCAUCUGUUUAAAUAAUAACCCGAAGUUUUACCAAAUGGGUCUUUCCAGUCUUACUGCACAGGUCACUCUAAGUUUCCUCUUAUUCUUAAGUAAACAGAUACUGAGAUGUUACUUUUGUGAAAUAAAACUUCUGCCUACCUAUGCCGAGCUGCAUCGUGGGGAAGGUGGGAGAUGCUGAGACCUUUGGAAGUAGGGAUAUUUGGAAAGAUGAGGCUAUGUUACACAAGAACAUAUGACUUGCAUCGUACUUUCCUUAUAAAUUUGCAAGCAAGUCCAAUCGUUUAGAAUGAUAGUUAUGAUGAAAAGGACCCAAAUGCAAAGAUUUAUUUCCCCUCUGAGGUAUCACUAUAGACUGUUGCAAGGCAACAGAGGAACUAUUCUGCAGUUCUGACUACAUUUGCAGCACAAUAGUCAUUCCUCUCUUUAGAGACUAGGUGAUGAGUCACUUUAUAGGCGUCAUACCGACCGAGUCUGGCUUAGCCAUCUAACUGAACGCUUGGGCCCACAAUGCUGUCUCUGAUACACAACUGAGACAACUUACUGAGAUUUAAAAUGUCAAAUUAUGUUGUACAAACGUAAUGGCAACAACUUGCAGUAACUAAACAAUUAAGAGAAUGGAUUAGUGUGGCCAUGCAAGCUAAGCAAGAAUUCUUCCAGCAUAAUCCGACAACAGAAAGUAGGAGUUACUCAGAGUCAUGAUGCAUGGCUUACCAUGCAGCACGGGGAGUAGAUUUUUGAAGAGCUGGGAAGGGUUAAGUACUGUAUUGUCCCUUCUGUCCCUUUACUUUGUGCUGCAUAUAAAAUUAAUUAGACGUAGCCUAAGAGAAGGUGCAGGGCACAGAGUUUUGAAUCCCGAUAGGGACUGUUCAUACAUCCUUCUGUAUGCACAUACUCUUAUUAGUCUGUUGUGGCUGAGCAGCUUGGUAAAAUGGAUGACAUUGUUAACUCUCCAGAUUUUUUAACAGGUUGCUUUCUCAGAAGUAAAACUAAUGGAACCUAAUCUUUCAGGUAUUUGCCCAUCAGAACUCCUCGUGUUCAAUAUGCCACUUUACUGGUAACAUGCUGAUUGGGUAGGCAACCACUGCCACGUGUACCAUGUCAUGGUCAGAAUCUGUUGGCUUUUUUUCUGUAGAAACUGUAACUUAAAUUUGCCCUUUAGUAGCUUUUUUCCAGCAUUAAUUGUAAGUAAUGAAGUACUUUCAUAUCUUCAGGUGUUGAAAUUCAGCAAUGGGUUAAUGUGGUGGUAGAAUGAGCCGAUAUUGUCAGUUCUCUAUCAUACCAUGUAAGUAACAAGAUUUAGAAACCGUGAUGAAAAAUCCCAGUAAAGAGGAUGAGACUUACCCUAAAGUAAACUUAUACUUGAAGACAUUAUUUUCAUACCUUAACUGCCAGUUAAAUAUGUAAAUAUUCUGAGAUUUUAUGUAUCAUAUUUAUCUCCCUGGUUACCAGAGCUGAAGAAACUUGUGCUUUCUAUUCUCUUUCCUUGUCCAUCCUUGUUAUUCUGGGACUGUUGGUGGGAACACACCCAUCAACUUAAAAUUACUGAGGAAUCAAUCUCAAGCAUAUCCCUUUUAGGAAGAUCAAUGCCAGUUGAAAACCUGACUUCUUUCUGGUAACGAAAUCUCUGUACACUUUUGUCGGUAUCUCUAAAAUAAUGAAAUUUGUUUGGUGUAACGUUUUUUCAUGAAUGUUUUGAAAUUAAUGGGGUUUGUACCACUUAAUGGUGUGCGCUUUCGCAGCCCUUUCAGAAUAGUCUUAAAUUCUGCUGCCUUCUGAAUUUUCUGAAAGCUCUAGAAAAUGAUUUUUAUGUAAAAAAAAAAAAAAAUGCUGUUAGAAUUAGUGGUCAGUUUCUCAUUUUGCCACGUUUAAACUGAAUGCUACCAAAAUAAAUAAAAAAAUAAG